AUGGAUGACGAACCAAACCAUACAGGUAUGAUAACGUUUGAGAGCGUCAUCAACAAUUGCAGGGAAAACGUAGUAUCAAGGAAAACGCUAACAGAGCAUCUUCGAAUGGAAAUCGCCAGAAAAGAAAACUGCGACGAAUUUGAAAGGGACUUCAAUGAUUUUCAGUCUGGUAUCCAGUUCCCUUGUGAAGAGUCAGUUAAGGAUGAAAACAUGAAAAAGAACAGAUACACGAAUAUAAUUCCGUACGAUCACUCCAGGGUACAACUUGGAAACCGAAGUUACAUCAAUGCUAACUUUAUAAAGAAUUUGGAAGGAACAAAUGAGUAUGUGGCAACACAAGGUCCGAAAGGUUGCACUCUUGGUGAUUUCUGGCAAAUGGUCUGGCAGCUUAAGACGAAAAAGAUAGUGAUGCUCGCAAAGUGUAUAGAAAUGGCAAAGCGUAAAGUUGAUCAGUACUGGCCUGAUAGUGGUGAUCCGAUCGAACACUACAAUUUGAAGUUAAGCUUAACAUCUUCCAAUCAAUAUGCGGCAUAUACAGUUCGGGAGCUGAUGCUUGAAAACAAAAAAACAAAUGAGAAGAGAGUGGUUACUCAGUUCCAUUUCAAAAAGUGGCCUGACAACGACAUACCUGACGUCAUGCAUUUUGCCCUCUUCCUUCUCCAUGUAGAGUCUGUCAAACCAAGUUCCUCAGGACCAAUGAUUGUUCAUUGCAGUGCUGGUGUUGGACGUACCGGGGUAUUCAUAGCUAGCGAUGCAUUGUACAAACACGGAAAGUACACAGAGGGAGUGAACCCAGCUGCAUACAUUCACAGCAUGAGAAAGGACAGGAUGGAUAUGGUUCAGACAAAGCCACAGUACAUCUUUAUCUACCGUGCCUUACUUGAGCUUUUUCUCAUUGACAAAUCAAGUCUGACCAUGGGCGACUUCAAAUCCCAAUACUUGCAGUCAUCUUGUCUACUUCAAGAUUACCAUAUGCUCGAUGAUAAUCGUCCAAUCCUUCCCAACGAUCAAAUAGCAGGUGGCAUGGAGCCAGAAAACGAAAAGAAAAACAGGGACCGAAAAAUACUGCCAGGCUACACCCACCGUCCUCUACUGUCGUCACAGCCAGGAAACAGGACGGGUUAUAUCAACGCUGUUUUUCUUCCUAGUGUUCAGAACAAUGAGAGGUAUAUAGCUACCCAGUGGCCUCUUCCUCAUACUGCUGAUGACUUCUGGGCGAUGAUUUAUGACCACAGAUCUACGGCCGUAGCCAUCCUGGAUAGCGAUGCUGAUACUAACGAUCCUUACCUGAUGCCCUCAAAAGAAGAGGCGGAGAUAACAACGGCGCAUUUUUCUAUACGUUUUAAAAAUAAGCCUCGUAUUGAGAAUUCCGUCGUCAUAGCAGAUAUGUACCUGUCUAAAAUUGGGGAUUAUGACUCGCUCCAGCUCAAGAUAUUCAGAAUGUGUGACUGGCCUAAAAGCAACCAAACGUGUGUUAGUGGCUGUGUCGUGCAGAUGGUGUCUGCAGUGCAUCGGUACCAACUAAACGACACUUCCGGUGGUCCGGUGACCGUCGUCUGCAGGAACGGUUCCUCGAAAUGUGGUAUAUUCUGUGCUGUUGCCAAUGCUAUAGAAAAUAUCAGCCUUAAUCGGCAAAUUAGUCUUGUUCAGGUGGUGAGACAGCUUCAACUUCGACGGCCGUCCUUCAUCAACACCAAAACGAGUUACCUCUUGUGUAAUCGAGAAGUUGAUGCUCAUUUCAAUACCAUGUCAGAGUACCAAAACUUGGGAGGACCUUCUCCACAAUAG